AUGGUAAGAGAAAUAUUGAAGAAGACCCAUAGUGAAUCCCAUAUGGGAGCAGAUGCUCUGGUCGCAAGUAUCAAAAGACAUCAUGUAGGACCAAAGACGCAAACUUUUGCAAACUUUAUCGUGAAACAGUGCCCAAUAUGUUGUAAGAAUAAUCAAAAAAUACAGAAAUUACCUCCUCCGGGAGAAGUCAGGAAGGGUCAAACCCCUGGGGAAUACUGGCAAAUUGAUUUUUCUGAACUGCCAAAAUGCAAUCAGUAUAGAUAUCUGUUGGUGUUAUUAGACACCUUUUCAGGAUGGCCUGAAGCUUUCCCGUGUCGUACCAAUAAGGCUAAAGAAGUAGUAAGGAUAUUGUUAAAGGAGAUAAUUCCUAGAUUUGGGGUACCUGAAGGAAUGCCCUCCGACAAUGGGCCACAUUUUAUAGCUCAAAUAGUUCAGGAAGUUGCAAAGUUGUUACAAAUGACAUGGGAACUACAUGCUCCUUGGAGACCACAAUCAAGUUGCAAUGUCAAACGAAUGAAUCAGACUCUGAAAAGACAGAUUUCAAAACUUUGUCCGGAAACUCAAAUGAAAUGGAUAAAUGUGUUACCAAUAGCAUUGAUGAGAAUUCAAGUCACUCCUAGACUUAGAGAAGGAGUUAGUCCUUCUGAGAUUCUGUAUGGGAAACCAUACAUAUCCCAUAAACAGUUUAACUAG